AUGAAGCCCAACGCACUGAUCCGCCCGCGCCCGCCCGACGCAAAUGCAAACGCAGAUGCAUGGCGCCGGCGAUACGGCGACGGGAACAAGCGCGUGUACGGCAUCACGGCGUUUGUGUCGCUGGGCGCGCUGCUAUUUGGCUACGACCAGGGCGUGAUGGGCGUGAUCAUCGCAGACCGGCGGUUCCUGGACCUGAUGCGGCCACAGAGCGCGUGGGUGACGGGCGCGAUUGUGAGUCUGUAUGAUAUCGGGUGUCUGCUGGGCGCGCUCUCGAUUGGGUUUCUGGCCGAUCGCAUUGGGCGCGAGAGGACGCUGGCGGUGGCGACGCUGGUGUUCAAUCUGGGUGCUGUGCUGCAGGCGGCGAGCUAUAGCGUGUCGCAGAUCAUCAUCGGCCGCAUCGUGCUCGGCAUAGGCGUCGGCAUCUGCGCGGGCGGCGUGCCCCUCUACAUUGGCGAAAUCGCGCCCGCAAAGCUCCGCGGCCGCAUCGUCGGCAUCGAGCAAAUGAUCCUCUGCCUCGGCGAACUAAUCGCCUUCUGGCUCAACUACGGCUUCGCCAUGCUGCCCUCGGCACACUGGUGGCGCAUCCCGCUCGCGAUCCAGGUCCUGCCCGCCGGCGUGCUCGGCGUCGGCUGCUGGCUGUACGUGCCGCCCAGUCCGCGCUGGCUGGUCGAUCAGGGCCGGCCCGAGUGUGCGCGCGAGGUGCUGACGCGGCUGCACGGGUCCGAGGCGGCGGAUCGCUCGCUGCGGGAGAUCAGGGAGAGUAUCCGGUUUCAGAAGACGGUGGCGGAGAGGGCGCGGUGGGUCGAGUUGUUCCGGAGGCCGGUCUUGCGCGUCACGCUGCUGGGCAUGGGCGUGCAGUUCUUCCAGCAGAUCACAGGCACAUGCAGCAUAAUCUACUACCUCCCGCACAUCUUCGCAGCAGGCGGCAUCUCCAACCCACGCACCCAGAACCUGCUCAACGGCACCGUCGGCAUCGUCCUCUUCCUCUCCGCCUGGAUCCCCAUCUUCCUCUUCGACCGGCUCGGCCGCCGCACCUGGCUCCGCCUCGGCUGCAUCGGCAUGGCCGUCGCGAUGAUCGGCAUCGCCGUCUUCCAGCGCAACGCCGCCCGCCACCCCGAGUCCUCCUCCACAAACAUCGUCAUCGUCAUCUUCCCCUACCUCUUCUACACCUGCUUCAACGCCACCUGGGGCGUGGGCAGCUGGCUCUACGCCUCGGAGAUCUGGCCGAUUCGCUACCGGGCCAAGGGCAACGGCGUGACGACCGCAACGCUGUGGCUCGGCACGUUUUGCGUCGCGCAGCUGAGUCCUGUCGUGUUUGAGCGGGUGGGCUGGGGGUUGUAUGCCGGGUAUGCGGGCUUGUGUGGGCUGGCGUAUCUGUUUGUGCAGUUUUGUAUGGUCGAAACCCGCGGCCGCUCGCUCGAGGACAUGUCCCGCCUGUUUGGCAUCGACGAUGGGCUUCGUCUCCGCCGCCGUCGCACCAUCCUUCGUCGUCAAGACCGCGAACACAACGACGACGGGCUCGAGCAGUCGUUCUCCACCGACAAGCCGGAGGCGAGUGUGAGUAUGAGUGCGACGACGACAAACACGAGCAUGCCCAAGAUUGCGUCGCCGUCGUCGACGACGCAGUAUGUGCGGGCGUAG